AAGCUGGCAAAUCAGGUAAAAUCCAAAGCGAAAUAAAAAAAAAAAGCCAGCCAACUGUUGCCGCUGUGGAGUGUGUGAAUAAUAGAAAGUAAUUUAGUGUGGUUUUCGCUGCAAUAAUGGACCUAAAGCAGUGCACAUACCUCCUGGUGACCGGAGCCUCUCGAGGAAUUGGCCGUGAGUUUGCCCAGCAGCUGGCGAAACGGAUCAAACCGGAGGGAUCCGUGGUGGCGCUCCUGGGUCGCAAUCAGACCCUUUUGGAGGAGGUGAAGGGAGAGAUCCUGGCCACAGUACCCGACCUGGCCGUGCACACCUACGCCCUGGAACUGGAAACGGCCAGAACGGAGGACUUCACCCGGAUUCUGGAGGAUUCUCGGGGGCAGCACACUUUCCAGCGGGCCAUUGUCAUCCACAAUGCCGGCACCGUGGGCGAUACCUCGAAGAGGGCCAAGGAAAUUGGGGACACGGACUUCCUGCAGCGAUACUACCACACCAAUGUCUUCUCCGCCAUAUCCCUGAAUUGCGAGUUCAUGCGCCUCUUCCAGGGCAUCCCAAAGUUGGUGGUCAAUCUCAGCACUUUGGCUGCCAUUGCGCCCAUCUCCUCGAUGGCUCACUAUUGCACGGUGAAGGCAGCCCGCGAGAUGUACUUUCGGGUGCUGGCCACGGAGGAGGGCCUGGCCUCCAGCCAGGACACGCUGGUGCUCAACUAUGCGCCCGGCAUGAUAGACACCCAGAUGACCAUGCAGGUGCAGCGGGAGGCUCACGAUCCCGCCGUGGCCGCCAUGUUCCGGGAGCAGAGGGAGGCCCGCACCAUGCUGACCACCGCCCAGACCACCGAGCGGUUCAUCAAGGUCCUGGAGGCCCUCAAGUUCAAGUCCGGCGAUCACGUCGACUACAGGGAUGAGCAGUUUUAGUUGGUUUAGCCAAUGAGUGAAGUGUAUGGUUAUGGGUUUUUUGUAUUAAAACAUUUGAAAGAUAACACA